AUGGGAGGACAACAAGCAAAAAAAUUGAAUUAUGAUACAACACUCGAAUUUUUCGAUGAAAUUGAUCCAAACACAUCUAAAUAUCAUAAAGCAAGUCAAAAUCAUUGGGUAUUUAUGCUGAAAAAGAAAGAUCCGAAAAAACCAUUUUGGAAACGUUUAAUCAAAUCAACAGAAAAAUGUCAAUGGAUUGCCGUUGAUUGGGAUCAUUUUGCCGCCGAAGAUGAUGAUGAAGAAGGUGAUUUAGGUGGUAAAGAUUGGGGUAAUUUAGAUGGAAUGCUCAAACAAAUGGGUGGUGAUUUAGGUGGUUCAUCUGCAACUGAUUUGAAUGAUCUUGAGGAUGAUGAAGUCGAUAGUGAUGAUGAACCAAUGCCUGAUCUUGAAGAUGUACCGAAAACAAAUGAUGAAAAGAAUAAAUCUACAAGUUAA